UUUCAUUUUUUUCGGUUUCCUUCAUUCAGUUGUCGUGUGGCUAUCGAAAAUGUAACAUCUCUGGAAGAUGGUCGUCUUCUACUCAAUUUGAUUUCUAAUAAUUGGAUAAUUUUUUUCCGGAAAAUCAUGAAAACUUCCAAAAGUGGUGGGGCAUUUGCCAAUUCGGCCACGGGUUAUGGUAAAAAACCAAACAGUGCAUUUUCCGCUUCAUCCUCACAAAGACAUUACUCGAAAAGUGCCGCCAAAGACGAAGUGACUAAAGUUGUGACCAAAAAAGACGAUAAACCCAAGUGUGAACAUCACAAACUAGUCGAUGAUGAUGGCAAUGAAUUGAAUUCAGGAUUUGGUGCCUAUUUGAGAUCCAGUGAGGGUGUUGAAAUGAUGAAAUUAUUUGUCUUUGCCAAUACUAUAAUGUUGAUACUUACCAUGGCCUGGCCACAGUUCAAACAGCAAUAUAUUUGGUUAAUGCAGUGGUUGGAUACUUUCCGAGAAGAUUGAAUCUCUGCAAGAAACUAAACGCAAUACAAAGAAAAUCAAAAAAUUAUUUCAAAUACAAAA